AUGGCAUCUACAUCGCACAAUCCCUAUAAAGACAAUGGCAACAAUAUCAAUACUACUUCCCGAAGAGCCCCUUUAAACAUGUCUACAACAUCUUCUCAAGAAUAUGUACAAGAUGGUGGUAAUAAUAAUAAUAAUAAUGAUACUUUUUUAUCUAGGAUAUUUGGAUUGAAUUCUAUUUACAAUCAACUUGAAGAGAACUAUCGUUACUAUGACCCCGAGGUUGACAGUUCAUAUCAACAAGAACAACGAUCAAGGAAUGAUGAUAUUCAUAAUGACUAUGAAGAUGAUGAAGAUGAAUCAUUGUUACCACAUCAACAAAAUAUACCUAUGAAUAUAAUUAAUGAUCCCACUUCUAAUGUCGACGAUGCCAACAAGAGUAAUAGCAAUAACAAGAAAACAAACAGUUUACUUAAUUCAGAUUCGGAUUCAGAUUUAUCAUCAUCAGAAGAUUCAUAUGUACGACCUAGUCUACCUCAACAAUCUUCAGAUAAUCAGCAAAAGAUAAAAUUUCUGUUACCAGAAAGAGCUAAAAACUUGGUUGGAAAAUUAAAACAUCCUGAACCAACUUUGCCUAUGUAUCAAACCCAUCAGCAGUUCAGAAGACAACCUAAUCAAAGAUUACAACAAGCUCAGUUGCAAGCUAGUAAUUCAAACUAUAGAAGAAUUAAUAACAAUAGAAACAGGUUUGUGAUUCCUCCGAAGGAACGUGCAUUAUACUUGUGGGCAAAUAUUACAAACAUGGAUGAAUUUCUCAGUGAUGUAUAUUACUACUACCGUGGGAAAGGUAUAUUGAAUAUUGUAUUGACAAGGACAGUUGAUCUUUUAAUUCUUGUAUUUAUUUUGGUCUUCACAGUAUUUCUCAAAUGGGGGAUUAACUAUUCACUAUUUUUCAACAAGUUGCAGGACAACAAUGAUGAGUUACAGCGUGUUACGUUGAGUGAUUUGAUUAUACCCCAUUAUUCGCAUAAUAUCCCCCUUUUCAUAAAAUUCUUGUUGUUUGGAUUCAGUGUCUAUAUUGUCCUCCGUGUCAUUCAACUUUACUUUGAUUACAAUUACAAACUCAAGGAGGUAAAGAAUUUCUAUCAUUAUUUAUUGAAUGUAUCUGAUGAUGAGUUAAUGACAAUUAGUUGGAAGACCAUUGUUGAAAGAUUAAUGUUAUUGAAAGAUUACAAUAGUUUAACUUCAACUUCAAAUGCGAAGUCGGGAGGAAAUACGGAACAUCAUUAUAUCAACGACUUGUCUUCCAAAGUUAGAUUGAAUGCACAUGACAUUGCCAACAGAAUUAUGAGACGUGAAAACUAUAUGAUUGCUUUGAUAAACAAGGAUGUUCUCGAUUUGUCUGUAUUGUUUAUGAAUGAGAAAACUGUGUUGACAAAAACAUUGGAGUGGAAUUUAAAAUUGUGCAUUGAUAAUUUCAUAUAUAAUAGACAAGGUCAAAUCAAUGGCAAAAUUCUCAAGGAAUAUAAUAGAAACCACUUGGCUCGUGAAUUAACAUCGAGGUUCAAAUUAGCAGCAAUUAUUAACUUAAUUUUAUCACCAUUUAUUGUUAUUUAUUUUGUCUUGUUAUAUUUCUUUCGUUAUUUCAACGAAUACAAGUCCAAUCCUGCUUCAAUUGUUGGUUUAAGACAAUAUACUCCUUAUGCGGAAUGGAAGUUACGAGAAUUUAAUGAAUUGCCGCAUUUUUUCACUAAAAGAUUGGUUAUGUCCAUGGGUCCAGCUAACACUUAUAUUGAUCAAUUCCCUAAAGGUUUCCUUGUAGUUAAUGCUAUGAAAUUGGUUAAUUUUAUAUCUGGUUCUAUCUUGGCAGUUCUUGUAAUUAUGGGUAUUUUGUUGGAAGAUGAAAGCCAUUCCUUCUGGUCCUUUGAAAUCACUGAGGGGAAAUCUGCUUUGUUUUACAUUCUGAUUUUUGGUACCAUUUGGGCCAUCACUGCUAGUUCCGCUGGGGAAUCUCCUCAUGAUAUGUCAAACCAACCAUCUGCUGCUGCCUCUCCAACAUUUGUAUAUGAUCCAGAAGCUAGUUUGAGAUAUGUUGCUCAGUUCACCCAUUAUUUGCCUGCAUCAUGGAAUAAGAAACUACACACCAUCCAAGUGAAGAAUGAAUUCUGUGAAUUGUAUUCAUUGAAAAUCAUUAUUAUUUUACAUGAAAUAUUAAGUCUGGUUUUAACUCCGUAUAUCUUAUGGGCGAAAGUGUCUCAGAAUAGUGGGGCUAUAAUUGAUUUUUUCAGAGAAUAUAGUAUACAUGUGGAUGGGUUGGGGUAUGUUUGUUAUUUUGCCAUGUUUAAUUUUGAAGAAAAGGACAAGAAUAUGAUGAUUGCUAAUAAAAAGAAGAACAGAAAGAAAUACCAAAAGAAAUCCAUGAGGAAAACUGUCCGUGGAGACAAUGAUAUGCCUAAGAUAUCCAAAAGCGAGCUGGAAAGAAGUGAUAGUGAAAAUAGUGAUGAUUAUUCUGAUGAAUCAGAUGAAGCGGUGGAUUAUUUGUCUACUUUACAUGAUCAAAAAAUGAUUAAUCUGUAUAUCCAUUUCAAUGAGAAUUAUAGUGAAGUGAAAAGGGUCAAUAAACCAGUUGAUAAAGAUGCUUUGCAAGCUGGAGCAACUAUGGAACAACAAAGUUUGAAUUCUUCAAUUUAUGAUAUCAAUUAUAAAUUUGAUGAUAGUGGUAUCUUACAAGACGAUAUGAAUGCAUCUACUUCAAGACGAAAAGGUGGUGUUUUAGGUAUGUUGAAUCAAUUUUAUAAGCAAGAUAUAAAUAGGCAAUAA